UCCUAAAAUUAAAUUCUCCCGUUGGUUCGAAAUUUAAUUUUAGAAACACUAAUUUUCAUCAAUUUCAUCUAUUUGCAGCGGAAAAACUAUAUAAAAUUUAUAUGAACAGUAGCAAAACACUGUAAUUUACUCUCUGCAAAAUUCUCCCGUUGGUUCAAAUUUAAACAGAGGUAAAACAUGCAAAAAUCUAUUCAAAAUUCUAUUGAAAUUUGCAUGAAAAAUCGACAAAAUAAAUUGGAAAAAAUGCUACUGUUCUCUUUUCUUUGUUUUCGGCCCCGAGGGACCUCAAACAGACUUUUCCCGGUCGGCCCGCGGCCUUUUGGCACGGGCGGGCGCCCCCCUUCCCCAGGCCGCAACCUGGGCCUGGGCCAGGAAAGCAGCCCCCCGCGCGCGCCCUCUUGGGCCGAUUUCGGCCCGGCCGGCGUCGACCGUCCGAUCAGCUAGGGUUUCGAUCGGACGGCCGGGCGCCGAGAUCGGAGGAUCAAAACCCCCCUCUCCCGGCCGGCCGCCGAAAACCCUAGCUUCUCUUCUCUUCUCUCUCUCACGCGACCGCGUGGACGGCGUCGCCAUCGCCGGCGACCUUCGCGCCCGCCGCGCCAUGGCCAGCGCCUUUUCUCUUCUCUUCUCCCCCCACCGUCUCUCGCCCUCCACCCGCGAAAAGUGAGAGAGAGAACGGCGACGACGGAGAUGGCGGCGCCGCCGCGGGCCCCCUCGCCGGCGCGCGCGUGCAGGUGUGCGCGCGGCCGUCGAGUGGCUCCUAGGCGGCGCCUCUUUGCCCCUCCCUCCCUCCGUUGCCGGCGUCGACGGCGGCCGGCGACGAGGUAAGAUUAGGGUUAGGGUUUUCGGUUCUUUUGAUCCGUGCGGAUCUUGUGCUUUUCUUUCUUUGGAUUUCUUUCCCCGAAACGAUCUAAACACUAGGGUUGCUCUGAUACCAUUGUUAGACUUUGCUCUAGGAUCACCUAGGUUAGAUCUAGUCGGGUGGUUCUAUUUGGGAUUGAUGUUUGAACUAUAGAGAUUGAAAACGGGGGAGGGUUUAGAUAGACCGACCGGUUGAGGAGUUCGUGGAGGAAGAGGCGCUGGACAUCGUCGUUGUCGUCGCGGCUUGACGUGGAUGCGACGCCGGUGAGGUCGACGGCGAUGACGGCUGCGGCAGUGGUGGUCGUAGACGUCCCGGCGAUGAGGCGUGGCGCGGCGGUGGCGUUUCCCGUCACUGGCUGCGCCCCCUCUCGAUCGGAUUAGGGUUUUGUGGGGUGGAGUUGGCGGCGGCGGUGAACUUCGUACCUUGUGCCGUGCCGGCCUCCACCCCUCUUUUAUAUGGCGCAGUGUGACGGGGGCCCACCAGCCAUUGGGCUGGGCGCCCCCGAUCAGGGCGCGGUCAAGGCCCCCUUGAGCCGUUGGGCUCAAGGGGAGGGAGAUCUAUCUAACAAAGAAAGCCAUGCUAAGCACAGAACUGGCAAGAUGAUAGAUAUCUUGCUUAUAUAUCUGCUUGAUCCAUCGACGUCAUCUAUGUAAGUGAGUGUUUGGCACCCAGUCCAUGUGUUUUCUCUAUUCGUAUAAUAUUUAAAUAUCAAAGAUUGUAUAUAUUCUUUUCACACCGUACUGAUCUACUUUAUCUUCUACUUAUGCUUCAUUUGAUCUAGCUGGAUGGCUGUAACUGGAUGGCUGAGCUUAUUCAGGAUACAUGAAACGACACAUAUCAUUAGUGCAAGAUUAAUUAAAUAUUGAAUAUAAUAAAGCCAAAAUAGAUUUAUUUAAUUUUUAAACUUUUAUAUAAAAUAUAUUUUAAUUAUACACAAGUUGCUUUUAAAUAUAUACGAUGUAGGUUAUGGUUGUCAAUUUAAUUAUAGUGCAUAAAAUGGUUCAGAUGGAUUUAGAUAUUAUUAUCAAAAGAUAUGUCUUUUGUAAUAAUUCCUAUAUCAAUGGGUAGAUAACUGGGAAAACAAGGAGUAACCAAUCUGAUAAGUACUCUAGAACUUAUUGCUUAUUUACUAAAAUGUUUAAUGUGUAGUAUAUAAUAUACUUUAUGAAUAAAAAAAUAUCCUAAUAUAUAAUCAUAUGCCACCACUUAUCCAUAAGUAUAUAAAUACUAUCCACUAAUCGUCAAGUCAUAUUGCUUACGAGGUAUUCAUGCAUAGUGCACCUAAUAAUUAGCUACCAUCCAACGAGCACUUAUGUCAUGAAGCACCAUAUAUAACGGACUAUGCUAAGUGGAGAACUAUCAACAAAUGAUAGGUAAAGUAAAGCAUGCCACCAAGCCACAGCAAAUAAUAAUCGACUACAAGUAUAUUGUCAGUAUAAGCAAUAGAAUUUCUACACUUCUACAAGAACUCUUAAUAUAUCACGUAAUAGAUCUCAUAAACUAGAAAAAAAGUAUAAGAAAAAAUAUAAAAAAGAAAAUAUCUGGUCAUCAAUUUACACUUCAACUGGUAGAUCCAUUAUUUUCAACCAUUAUAUUGGAUAUAUUCCAGCUAAAAACCAACUAAUCUCUCCCUACGUACGUACCUAUACAAGAGAUGUCGAAAAGGAAAAAAAAAGAAGAAUGUAUAUAUGAUCUGCUCCGUCUGGUUGUUUUUUUGUUUCUUUCUUUGCAGCACUAAAGUUUUCCUCAAAUUAUGCAUAUAUAUAGUGAAACUCUUUACGAUGUUAUCGAAAAAGUCAUGCCACUGUGGCAUCGCUUCAUGCCAUCCCACAAAACUUUUUUAAAAUAUUUUUUUAACUAAUGAUCUAAAACGAAAUCAUAGACACUCAUAUAAAUAUGUGCACAACCAUCCUACGAAUAUGCGCAGUACUAUUCACAAAAAAAAUACAUACGUACAAUAAAAAAUGUCGCAUGGAAACCUAUUAUAUCCUUAUAUAAGUAUGUCAUUCUCAUCUAAAUAGUGUUGACAAAAUUAGCACAAAUAAUUUUGACAAUAUGAAUUAUUCCUUCGAAUAUUACCCAUGAAUAUACGUAGGUGACUUAGAUGUAUAGUAAAAGAAAAAAAUCUAAACCCAUAUUAACCUGUAUGUUUACGAAAGAUGGUGAUAUGCGACUUUAUGUAUAGCCAUGACAAAGUGAAAUUUGUUUGAAUAUAAUAGAUAUUAUCAAUUAGUAUAUCAAAGUUUAUAAUUUAUUUCACAUAAUAAAUAUUUCUUAUUUUAUAUUAUAAGGUAAUCUAUGGUUCUUAAAAUAAAUACGGUAACAUAUGGUUUAUUUUAGUAUUCUUUCUAUAAACAAAAAAAUAAAUUGCCCGCGCAUCUGCGCGGGCUUCCUUUCUAGUUGAUCAAAUGGACAAAUCAGAAUCCAGUAUGCAUGAAGGCCAGAAAAAUUUGUAGGAAAACACAAAAAUGCAUGAAGGCGGACAAUAUAAGACCAAACCAUUGUACUCGAUAAACCGGAUUUCCUUUCGUAUUCUGGGUAGCAAACGGCACAAGCUCUCGCCGUAGCAGAUGACACAACUGGAAGAAAUCGCAUGCAUGAGCUUUGUUGGAUGGCCAAUUUCCAAAGCUUCAGGACAAGAUACAGCAGAUCUUUCUUCCUCAAGAGUCCUCAGCAGGAGAGGCAACAAUGUUAUAUCAUUCUCACAUGCUUCCUCAAGAACAUAAGAGGAAAUUAUCUCUAUUAUGGGCAUUGUUUUUUUCCCCCAAAGGAAGUAAUUAGACAAGCUUCACUCUUCACACAAGUUUUGUGAUGAUUCACUACUCAAUAUUAUCCACGAUAAUCUGAGUAGUGACAAGUUAUUGUUGUCCGGGGAUGACAGUUUGUGGAUUGCUACAGAGCUUGCAUGAGCUUUGUAUUAUCUCCAUUUUGCAACAACAAUAUCAGUUUUUCUUUUAAAUUUUGCUUGCAUAGGGAUCUCAAUUUCAGGACAACAUCUAGAUGAUAUUUCGAUCAUUUACCUGAGAUAAUAUUGCAACCUCAUUUGAUGAAUUGAUUAAACUAUUUUUACCGUGAUCUUAAGAUUUUUCAUAGCCUUGGUCAGAUAAGAUUCCUUCUUACAAUGUAAGAUGCUCUGCUACCUAGAACACAUGUUGGAUCAGAGUUAUUUGUUGCGUUCUUUAGUUUUUCCAAAGAAAAAAUCUUUGUGCUAUCACUGGCAUUUUCAUCUUAAGAUAUUGGUGAUUCUAGAAGAAGGCCCUUGGUAUUUCUUAAAAUAUUUCUUCUUUGCUUUUGGAUAUACCUUCUAUACUUGCAGAAAAGGAAUACCCCCACACAAACGUAGAAGAAAAAUUCCAAAGGCAACACCCAGACCAAUUAAUAGCAUUACCUACAAAUAGUGUUUCCCAUAUGUCUUCCCUUUUAUUUUAUUUUCUUAAUUAGGUCUCUUCUAAACCGUUAUUACAACACUACUUGAAUGGCUGGUGCAAGAUUAAACUUUUGAACGUUACCUUUUCCUUUCUUAAAGAGUGCACAAAAAUUACCAAUAGGAUGAAAGCCAGAGUUCCAAAAGGGGAAAAAAAUAAGAAUCUAUACAAAAGAAUUUCCUGAUAAAUGAUAAUUAAUCUUUUUCUGUAAAGUGGUGAGAAUGGAAAAUGAAGUCCAAUUUGUAUGUAGUUUUGAAAAAAGAUCCAAAUGUAUUUAGUUUUAGCCUGACUUGUGAAUCAUUCAUAUUGCAAAAUACUCAAAUUACAAAAUUAAAUUCAUUGGAAGAGAAAAUCAAGUACAACACGCAUUGUAUGGUCUUGGACGCCACAUAUGUGCUAAUGUGCAUUAUGUUGUUUUUGUAUUUCAUAGCUAAUAGUAUUCAUAGAAUAUGUUAAACUAGAGGUGCAAACAACCUUGAUCAGCUAAAAACAUGGCUCAUUCUAAUCUGUUUAACCUUAGUAGUACGUGAAAUUUAAGAGACGGUGGCUAACUGAAUUGUUGUUGCAUGUGCAAUACUUUUCAAUGGACUCAUUUCUACUCUUUUUAUAACCUUACUAGUACAUGUGGCAUCAUGCAGGCAAAAGUGGGUGCUUACCGAGCACAAAGAGCCCAUUUGCCACAUGCUUUAUUAGAAUAGAAUUGCAAGGCUAGAAUGUAUUUAGAACUCCAUGAAAAAAUAGGGAUGUAUCCCUGAAAGAAAGUACAGCGAUAUAUAGAGUCAGGGGCGUAAUAGCUCUUUCUGCCUCAGGCAAUAGAGGCAUUUGUCAUCAUCGUCGUUGCUCCCUCCCAAUGUUGUUACAUCAAAGAACAAGGCAACCAGAUCUGGCCACCCCUGAACUCGUGGCGGCCAUAUUUGACUACCCCUGGGCUCAUCGCAGCUAGAUCUGACGACCUAACAUCGACACUGGACCACACUAGGACAAAGAUUUCUGCUAGGGCUGCAGUGGAGGAGGUGAGGGCGAAGCGAUUUCCACAGCGGCCACAAAGAGGUGGGGGAGGAGGUCUCCACCGGCGCACACGGGACCCAAAUGAUGGUGGGGACAUGGAGGCCGGCGAGUAAAGAAUGAGUUGGGGAGAAGGGGUUGGAGACAACAGGAGACAGAUACCACCACACUUAAAGAAUAUCACCCUUUGCCUGGCGCAGCUUGGCUCAGCUAGUGCUCUGCCUAGAUUGAUUUUCUGCAUCGAUUCCUCUAAAAAAUUGCCACUAGUAGUUGUUUUGGUAUGCCAGUUCAACUAAAAAGCCAGCACUAAUGUGGGAUCAUCAGUGCUAGUUUUUCUCUUCUCAUUGCACGUAUGAGUCCUAGAAGUUAGGAAACCGCUAUCAAUGUUGGUUCUUGCUUAAUCAGCAUUAACAGGGCAUCAAGAACAAGGAGUUCUAUGGUAGUGGCAUUGUGUUCUGCUCCAAAAUCACACUCGGCAACCUUACUCGCAGAUAAUUACUUUAUGAACUCUGCUAGUGUUACUUUGGAUGCCAUUACAUAUGUUUCCUCCAUCUUGAUUGUGCAGAGUCAUUACCAAACCCCUAUCCCCCCUCCUCUCCUCCAUCCCCACAAGAAAAUAUAUUGCACCCAAAUUCAAAUCCAUAGCAGAUUAUUUUUAUUUUGUAUGUCAAUAUUUCGGUUUAAAUGAGGGCCUAUAUAGAAUAUACAACUCGCAUUGGAGUUUAAGUAGUAACCUCAAACAAGAAUAAAUGAUGGAUAGGUGGACAUCAACAUAGAAUUUGCAAGCUGGCAAAAAUAUUUCCACACUUUACGUUUCACGGAAUAAAUUAAGAGAUUACAUUUUCAUUGUUGUAUUUGGAGGGACAAAUGAGGCAUUAGAAAAUUGAGAUGCUAAGAAACAUGCCUGGAUCAAUUUUACCUCCUGUAGAAUAUUUAGUACGAGCCAAGUUUGGAGGUAAUGCAAACACGCAUCCCCCUGCACCCCUAAAAAAAAUACUAAUUAGUGUCAAAUGUACCAAAGUAGAAAUGAUGAUAGGUCAGAGCAGAGUGGUAGUGUAGUACAUAGUACAAUUGUACUACCCUAUUUAAUGAUGGCAAUAAUACUAGUAAGCUAUUCCCAAAUCAAAGAUCCUACGAAAUCGCCCACUUGUGCAAUUCCCAAAUCAAUCCCCUUCCCCAAUAUCCAAUCUAGUCUAGCUUAGGGGUAGAGCCGCCGCAACCAUCACUAUGGCCUCCGAUGGUGACACCGUAGCCAAGCUCGCGCAACUCUCCGGUGCCAACCUUGUGUGCCACCUCCAAACCACAAAUCGCAUGGCUGAUUACAAGGUGGCCGCACAUGUGCUUGGCGAGCGUGAGCGUCGGGCUGCCGAGACUGAGGCAUGUCUACAAGCCAAGAUUGAUGUGCUUCAGAUGAAGUGUGAUCUUCUAGCCAAGGAGGGCGCAUAUAGUGAAGGUGGCAAGAAGACUAACAUUGACUCCAACAAAAAUGAGGUAAGUGGCACCAAUCAUUCAAGUUCUUCAAGCAAGAGGAAGAGGGUCGACAUGGACAACAUGACUAUCCCACCAGUUUUGCGCAAGAAUUCUCAUUGCAUCGACAACAUCAAGAGCACCAAAAAAAAGAGGGAGGCCAUGCCAGAGUUCAAUUAAGCCAGCACCAACCAUGUCAAAUAAUUUCAAGUGCAUUCUACAAUUGCAACUACCACUAUCAUCCACAGUUCCCGCAUCCACAGAUGUAUCAUUGUCAGAUAUACCGAUUAUAGCCACAGUACCCCCUCCAACAGCGAUCUUGGUAGGUCCACCCUUACUUUUGGAAUCAGAUAAUCAAGAGAGAAAUUGGAACAAGAGAUCAGUAUUCUCUGAGUUGGGAAGUGUUGAUCAAGAGUAUGUAAUUGAAGAGGAAACUGCUCCCUUGUUACCAUCAUCUAUGCAGCAACCUCCUUCCAUGGGGCUGAUAUCCACGGGUGGUUCUCCAAUAGCUCCAGCACUAGUAGCAACUAGUUGUGCCUCUGUACCCGAUAUGAGCCCACACUUGGUUGAAGAAUCAAAUAAGGGAAAUAUAGAAAUGCAGAACCAAUUAUCUCAUUUGCACUUGAAUAAUUUGAUGAACCAACUUUCUUUUGAUGCUUGGAUGGAAGAAAGUGGAGGCCCCUUUAUGAGUGAGCAAGUACCCUUCUCUUUGGUGCUCCCAUCCAGCAGUAAAAGUGCAUCUCUGCUGUCAAAAAUCGAAACCAGCUUGUGGGAGUCUGAGGAAAAUAUGGUUAUCAGAUUCAUGGAAAAUGUGGAGCUUUGCAUGGGAGCUAUUUGCGCUCUUUAUCGCCAAAAGAAGCUAAUGGUUGAAUCGACAUGUGAAGAACGAACUAAGUUUACUUCACUCAAUGAAAGUCAGGCUUACAGGGCAACACAAUUGGCAGAAUUUCUUUUGGAUGGUGAUAUUAAUGGGCCAAUGAAGAAGAACAAAGAAGACCUAGUGAACCAUGAUGCUACAGGGCCCAAAUUCAUCCAGGAAUAUGCAAUACAGUGCUCUAAGCAGUUGUUUGACAUUUACAGGAAUAAAGAGGAUCUAUACUUUUGUUGACUGAGGCAAGGUUAUGUGUGUUGUUUUCUUUUGAGGUUGGCGAGCAUCGUGUCAUUAAAAUUCAAACAUUAUGGAAUUUCAUAUGCAGCAGUGCAUAUUUUAUUGUCAUGUAUGAAUAAGAGAUCAUGGAAACUUGGUUGAAGAAGUUAAUUUUAUAACAGUUUCAUUGAUGAAUAUUUUCAAGUUUACUUGUA